ACUUCCGGAAGGGGCGUGGCCCACAGGAAGUCCUCGCCUUCGGGAAGAGAAGGCGUUUCCGUCUCCGGUGUCAUGGCGGCCUCCUUCCCUGAAGGCGUGCCGGAGACCGAGGACGGGAAGAGACCGCAGUUCGGGCACCGGUUCCUGAGCGACCCGGCGCGCGUCUUCCAUCACAAUGCCUGGGACAACGUGAAGUGGUCCGAGGAGCAGGCCGCGGCGGCGGAGAGGAAAGUGCAGGAGAACAGCUCCCCGCUGGUGUGCCCGGAGAAGCAAGUUGAUUAUGAAGUCAAUGCCCAUAAAUACUGGGAUGACUUCUACAGAAUCCAUGAAAAUGGGUUUUUCAAGGAUAGACACUGGCUUUUUACUGAGUUCCCUGAAUUGGCACCUAGCCACAGUCACCUGACGGGUGUACCCUUGGAGAAGCAGAGGAGUGACGUCUGUGAGGACGGACCUGGCUUGACAGCAGAACAGCACAAGUGUUCUUGUGCCAGCCCUGGAUGUGAGACUCAGGUGCCUCCCUUGGAAGAGCCAGUGACUCAGAAGCUCGGUCACCUAGAAAUUAGUGGUGAGGAAUUUCCUGGCUCCUCUGCCACCUACCGAAUACUUGAGGUUGGUUGUGGUGUAGGAAACACAGUCUUUCCAAUUUUACAAACUAACAAUAACCCAAACCUCUUCGUUUACUGUUGUGACUUUUCUGCCACGGCUAUUGAACUGCUCAAGACAAAUUCACAAUAUGAUCCUUCUCGCUGUUAUGCCUUUGUUCAUGAUCUCUGUGAUGAAGAUCAGAGUUACCCAGUGCCUGAGGACAGUCUUGAUGUCAUCGUUCUUAUAUUUGUUCUUUCAGCAAUUGUUCCAGACAAGAUGCAGAAAGCGAUCAGCAAGCUAAGCCGACUCCUGAAGCCUGGAGGGGUGAUGCUUCUUCGAGACUAUGGCCGCUAUGACAUGGCUCAACUUCGGUUUAAGAAAGGUCAGUGUCUAUCUGGAAACUUCUAUGUGAGAGGUGAUGGCACCAGAGUUUACUUCUUCACACAAGGUGAGCUGGAUACGCUCUUCACCGCUGCUGGCCUGGAGAAGGUGCAGAACCUGGUGGAUCGCCGCUUGCAGGUGAAUCGAGGGAAACAGCUGACCAUGUACCGCGUCUGGAUUCAGUGCAAAUACAGCAAGCCUCUAGCACUCCGCUCCAGCCAACAUGUGCCCAUUCCCCACGCCACAGAAAGUUCUUCACAUUCGGGGCUUUUGUAAGAAGACAUCUGUAGACAGCGGCUUGUUGAUGAUGGACAGUCUGGGGAUUCAAGGAGCUCUAACUUUGAGCCUAAGAACAACUACUUUCCGGUUUUUAGCCAGGUGCAAUGACACAUGCCUUUAAACCCAGCACUCAGGAGGCAGAGGCAGACAGAUCUCUGAGUUUGAUGACAGCCAGUGAUACACAGAGAAAUCCUGUCUCCAAAAGCAAACCAAAAAAGUGUGGUUUUAUUUCUAAAGCCCAUUAAUGCGUAUUUUCUGGAGUUCGUUUUAUUAAUAUCAUUGGUCGAGGCAAUGCCCUGGUGAAUGUGGGGAGUUCAAAGGGCAACUUGCAGGAGUCAGUUCUCUCCUACAGGCUGGUCCUAGAAUUCAGACUCAGGCUUGACAGCAAACACCUUGAGCUUUUUGACUGCCCUCAAAUUUUUUAAUGACUAGAGUUUUAUAUAAAACUCAUUCUGUGACCAAAAAUGACCUUGAAGUUUAGAUCCUCUUGCCAUCAUAUUGCAAGAUGAUGAUGGUCCACACCUUUAAUCCUAGCACUCAGAAGCCAGAGACAGGCGAUCUCUGAGUUCAGGGCCUGCCUAGUCUACAGAGUGAGUUCCAGGACACCCAGGGCUACACAGACAAAAAAAGAAAAAUAAGAAAGGAAAAAGAAUGCUAACACAUUUGAGAGUUAAGAAUUUAAAAUCCAAGCCUGGCCAAGUGUGGUGGCUCACAGCAGAAAUCCCUGCGGGUAAAAAGCUGAGUUAGGCCGGGCGUGGUAGCGCACGCCUUUGAUCCCAGCACUCAGGAGGCAGAGGCAGGCAGAUUUCUGAGUUCGAGGCCAGCCUGGUCUACAAAGUGAGUUCCAGGACAGCCAGGGCUAUACAGAGAAACCCUGUCUCGAAAAACCAAAAAAAAAAAAAAAAAAAAGGCUGAGUCAGCACAGGGAUCCCGUUAAGAUCAAGGCUAGCCUGGACUGCACUGUAAAACCAUCUCACAGAUGGUGAAUAUGGCUCAGUGGCAUGAGCCCUGGAGCCAGCCAGGUACGGGGUGUUAGCUUAAUCUAAAUUGGCAUGGGGGGUCUGAGAUAGGAGAACUGCCUUCAAUUCCAGGCCAGCCCAAGCUACAUGGUGAAAGCCUGCCUGGCUUGUUUGAUCCUGGGGCAGGAUGGAGGUGAUGCUGUGCUCCGCUGCAAGGUGCUGGAUUAUGAGGGCCUUUUACUGUCUCCAGUAUUAGCACUAGAACGAAGGCUCAGCAGGUUUAGGCACUUGCUGCCGAGCGUGACAGCCUGAAUUCAUGUCCCCAAAACCCACAUGGUGGAAGGAGAGAGCCAUCAUGUGCUGUAGCAUGUCUGUGUCCUCAGACAUACGUACCAAAAUAAAAUAAUUUUCUAUA